CAUCCAUUCAGUGAGUGCAAGCGCUUCAUCAGCGGAGCAAGAUCGCAGUCGCCGCUGGGAAAGUAGUUGCUGUUAUCGGUGUGCCCCUUGUUGCCAGUGUUGAUAGAAACGCGUUACACUUCGUGUAAAGGGUGAUUUAAUGUGUUUGUGCUUUAGAAGUGAUCGAUCAACCGCACAGAAAGUGUCCAUUAUUCGAACGAUGUAACGGCAGGCAACAUCCAGUGGCGCUCGUUUUGCUGUGAGGCAAGCUCUAAUAUAACACCCGCUGAUAAUGGGUCGGAUAAGACACGGACAGCAAUAGACUCAUCUCGCGAUCGCUGUUAAAGCAACAAACCAACCUAAACCCUUCCUAUUGGUGUUUUGAGCUUCGUCUCCCUCGCAAGCUUGAUAAGCGAAUCUACAAACGAUGCACAAACUAAUUUCCCUAUCAGUACCGGACUUCAGGUAGUGGUAAUGCUCUGACAUGCGCCACCACCCUGUCGAUUCUAAACCCCCUUUUUGGCGAUGACUCUCCGCAGCGCAACUGAUGAGCUUGCGCAGUGUAGUAUAAUCCGGACUGUCUACCAGACGGGAAGUGCUGUUACACAUACGUCGAUUAGUGCCUCCGAUGUUGAAGCUUGGACCAAGUGGCUGAAAUUACGAUAAGGAAGAAGCUCUGUGCAAAAAAAAGGGAUUAAAGCAGGGUUGCCAAAAUGGAAAACGGCAGAAAUGUCAAAGCGUGAUUUGUGUUGCCAAACAGCGAAGUAGCCAUUGGAAGGCCGUCAGUGCGCGAGUGAAAGUGUGCAUCUGCGUUCCUCUAGAGGUGGUUCUCAGGAAUUCGCAAUUGCCGAUUGCUGAGCGGGAUAUCACCAUUAAAAUCCCUGUCGCUGUGGGCAGAGUAUAAUUGGUUAGUUGAUUCCUGCAUAACCUACAACGACAAUGGAAAACUGGAGAUGUAAGCAGUGUUGCAAUUUCCCGAAUGGGGAGGUGUACCAGUGUGCUGCCAAGGAUCACUUUUACUGCGCCGCUUGCAAGGAGUCAAAGAACAGGACGCUAUGUACGUGUGGAGCGAAGCUGAAGGAUGGCAAGGUACCGAACCCGAUCGAGAAGCUGCUGCACCAAGCGAUGUGUCCGUGCCGCUACGCACCGAACGGAUGUACCUGGAAGUUUGUGCAGAGCGAGAUGGACGCGCACUUGGUCGAGUGUCGCUUCCGGCCGUACCGAUGUGUGGCUGCUUCGUUGAACGUGAUCAAAUGCAACUGGCAAGGUUUGCAGCACGAGAUCGAGGACCAUCUAGCGAAGGGCCACAAAGAGCUGGGCGAGGUGUUCCGGUUCCGCGAGAGCACCUCGCUCGUGUUCAAGGAGCAGAUCUCGCUCGGCGGUCUCAAGCUGGUCGAUGCGUUCAGCAAGCGCUUCCUGUUCUACUUCUUCUCGGACGUCGCCCACAAGAAGCUCUCCUUUCUGAUGCUUUACUUCGGGCGGCGCGAGGAGGCGGCCCAGUACUGCUACGAGCUGGAGAUUAGCGGCCGACCGUUUGCGCCACCCGCCAAUGGGACGGACAAAGAGGCCACCACCAUCCCGCCGGUGGUCGAGGAUGAUGCAUCCGACGCGAGCGUCUUCUCCCGCACCGUUAAGUUUGUGGAGCGUUGCAACUCCGACUCGGAAAAUCUCGCCGAACUGCUGGACGAGGAACGGUGCGUGUCGCUUUCCCACCGGCAGGUGAAAAACUACCUGCACGAGGGCAAGCUUCACAUGCGGUACCGAGUGCGCAAGGUUGAUGGAGGUGGCCGGGAGAAGAAACUCUCCGGCACGGUCGUGCCGGCCGGGGAAGAUCCACCCCUCGGAAGUGCGGUACCGGUGAAACCCAAGCCAAGGCCACCACCGUUCGUGUUUGCCAAGAAGGGAACGCUUGCCGGUCCGGGCAAGCGUUCCAGUUCCAGCUCGAGCUCCAGCUCCAACACGAGCUCCUCUUCCAGCUCCAAAUCGGAAUCGUCUACCGGGUCAGGCAAAACGGUGCAAAGCACGGCGUCCGUUGCCUCCCGUUCGCCAUCGUCCGCCUCGACCAUUACGAUAAGCUCGCAACGCAACAGUGGCGACUCGGGGCAGCUUGCAGCAGCAGGCGCAAUGGAUAGCCGCCACUCUCUGUCGUCCAUUAAUCGCCUGACGACUCCACUGACGCCGUUCGAAAAGCCAGAACAGUGUCCGCUGAUGACGCCUUCCAUCAACAAGCACGAUGUGCGCCUACUAUUUGAAUUUUGUAUCGUGACCCCGCCCCGAUUCCUGCCUCCUCCCGUUGCAGCCACCCUCGUGGAGCGUUUCGCAAACCACGACGAGCAGCUUCGCCUACCACACCAGCACCGAGUACCAUCGGCAGGUGUACGGACACGAGCCGUACCGCAUCUCGCGCCAUUAUCCACCGUCCGAGUGUACGACCACGGCGGCCGUCUGUCAGAAGUACACGCAGCCGUACAAGGUGAAGGACGAUCGGCCGUACCUGCUGAAGCAGCCGACGAACUGUCUGUUCAAACCGCAACCCAAGUGGUGUGGCGGAGCUAGUGCCGGUGUAGGUCACGGAAAGGGUGGUUGGAGUGCGUAAACGCCCCAGCUGUGGUCGAAUUUUCAGCUUCCCACACUAAUAAACUACUCAUUUCUCAAUA